AGUUUUCACAUCUCCAACUCGUAGCCGAAUUAUUGUUUUUUGUUUCCACUAAUUAAAUUGCAAAAAAUUUGCUUAAAUUGUGCGUUUAAUAAAGCUGUAACUGGGCAGACACACAAUGGAGGCGGUGCCGCGUUUGCAUAUGUUGUGGUUCGCCCUAAAAUCGAGUCCCGAAGGUACCUCCUUUGCGCCACUGAAAAAGUACAUUGCCGAAUUCUACCAUGAAGAUCCCGAAGCUUACUCCAAAGAGGUCCAUGCCUUGGAGACACUACGCAACCAGGCCAUGCGCACCACCAAGGAUGGAGCACCCAUAAUGAAACGCUACUAUUGUCAGCUGCAUGCCCUCCAGAAUCGUUUCCCCCAGCUGGUGGAUCGCGGCAUCUUUACCUUUACGUGGAAGGAUCUCUACCACAGUGCCGUGCACGAGGUUAGCGAUCUGCGCUUUGAACGUGCCGCUGUCCUCUUCAACAUUGCCGCCUCCCACACACAAUCGGGAGCUUCGGUGACCCGUGGCGAUGUGGAUGGCAUGAAGAUGGCCUGCACUCACUUUCAGGCUGCUGCCUGGGCCUAUGGAGAGUUGAGGGAGCGAUAUGCCAAUGUCAACAGUGGCGGUGAUUUCAUGACCCAAGAGCUGCUGGUGUUCCAGCAACAGGUGUGCUUCGCCCAGGCCCAGGAGUGCAUACUGGAGAAGUCAUUAAUUGACAAUAGAAAGCCCCAUAUUGUGGCCAAGGUGACGGCCCAGAUUGUGGUUUACUAUGGCGCUGCUCUGGCGGCUCUGCUCACCGGCGGUGACGAGGGUCCCGUGGCCCAGGUCAUCGAUAGCUCGGUCUACAAGCUGUGGAAGAAAUAUGUGCGUUUCAAGAUCAAUUAUCUGAAUUGCAUCCUCUACUUGUACCAAGGACAGCAUUCCGAGGAGAAGCGACAGAUGGGCGAACGUGUGACGCUGUAUCAGGCAUCCUGGGACAAAUUGGAGGAGGCACGCAAGGAGUCCAAGGGCCUGCCCGACCAACGAGAGAUCAACGAAUCCCUCAGCUUCACCGCCGAUGUCGUGGAGGCAAAGCGCAAGAAUGCCAAGAACGAGAAUGAGUUUAUUUACCACGAAGCAGUGCCGGAGCUCUCCACCAUUGCUGCUGUCCAAGGUGCCAAUCUGGUCAAUGGCAUUGGCUUCCAAGUGACCGAUGAAGAGCAUUCCGGACCGGACAUCUUCGCCAGACUAGUGCCCAUGAAGGCGCAUGAAGCCAGUUCUUUGUACAGCGAGGAGAAAGCCAAGCUAUUGCGAAAGUAUGGAGCUCUGCUGGAGGAGAAGGACACCCAACUGGAGGCGUUCAUGAGCUCUCUAACUCUGGACAAUCUCAAUAUCAACGAGGAGCAAGCCAACAAGCUGCCCCAGGGCAUUGUGGAUCGUUGUGCUUCGCUGAACGCCAACAAGACGGCCAUCAGUGACUUGGUGGAGGCAAUGUCGCAGCUAGCUGAGAUUACAGCCGAUGUGGAGACCAAUCUUGGAGAGAUUUCCCACAUGCUAGAGGCAGAGGCCAAAGCGGAACGCGAAUUCCAAUCGGCCAGCGGCGUCCAGCGUACGCCGAAUGCUCACAUAACCGAGUUGACCAGGGAAUUCCAGAAGUACAGUGAAGCGCACGCCCGAGCUGGUGAAUCCAAUAACACGCUGCGCAAGGCUAUGAGCCUGCACGUGAAUAACCUGAAGAUUCUGGCCAGACCAUUGCCGGAAAUCCAGCAACUGAUGCCCAAGCUUAGCUCGGAGCUGAACACCACUGAGAUCUUCAAGGAUGUCAAGCUCAUUGUCAACAAAGUGAACGAAAUGAAGGCACAGCGGGCUCAAUUCCACGCGGAUCUAAGGAUUGCCAUCAACGAGGAUGACAUAACGACCAAGGUAAUAGCCCAUGGCGGCCAGGAGGGUCUCCAGGCUCUCUUUGCCACCGAACUGGGCAAGCACGACAAGCUGACACAGCUGCUGGAUCAGAAUAUGGUGGCCCAGGGCAACAUACUGCAGGCUCUCACCGAAAACUAUGCCAAGGCGGCGCCAGUGCUGAAGACCCUCCAGGAUGUGAAGCAGAAGCGAGAGCACUUCUACAGCUCUCUAGCUGCCUCCUAUGAUGUGUACGAGGAUCUUCUGGCCAAGUCGGCAAAGGGUUUGGAGUUCUACAAGAAGCUAGCUGGAAAUGUGCAGAAAUUACUCACCAGAUUCCGGUCUGCCAGAGAUGUCCAGUCCGAGGAGCGCCAGCAGCGAAUGCAGAGCGUCAAGGCGGCAGCAGCGGCGGCCACUGUCACACCUCCUUCGGUGAGUAAAUCCCUCCCAGAAGCAGCAAUCAGUAGCAGCAGCAGCAGCACGCCCAAACUGAGGGAUUACCUUAAGGCCAAGGCAGCCAUGGCGGAUGCCUCGAAUCCCGGCUAUGUGCCCACAGUGCGUCCAGUGCCAGUGGGCUCAGAGAAUCCAACGCAGGCCGCCUGUUCCUAUGCCACUGCACCGCCGCCAAAUGAGCCACCGCCGCCGUACAGCCUCACCCAGCAGCAGUACUUUGAUCCCAAUGCUGCCGGCUACACGAAUCCCAUGUAUCAGCAGCAACAGCAUGUCGCUCCGCCGGCCUACAAGGCCCAAGCAUCACCCAAUUCCCAGACGCUGCACGGAGCCAUGGCGCAGAUGAGUUUGCAAGCGACACAGGGACAGACACUGGACCACAACCAAGCGGGAUUGGGAUAUAGCUAUGGUUAUCCCAGUGGUGCAGUGCCUCCGCUGGCUUAUGCAGCGCCGGGAGUAGGUCCUGGAGCUCCAGCACCUGCCAACUCUGCUUCCCAGGGAUUCAACUACCAGCAACCCUUGUAUGUGGCCACAUCAGGGAACACUAAUCCCGUGUCCAAUCCCAGCGAGUUGCCUGCAUCCCUCCAGGCUCCAUAUGUGGUGAACACCUAUCAAGGAACGGCAGGAGCAGGCUUUCCGGGACAGGCAUACUCCCAAGUUCCUGCUGGUCAAAAUCAACAGCAAGUGGGUUAUCCACCGGCAUCAACGGGCUACCCAACAGGACAGCCCAUGGGAUUUGCUCCGAAUCAGCAGCAGCCUGGUGGAUAUGGCCAGCAACAGCCGGGAUAUUCUCCAUCGCAAAAUUCGCAACAGAUAUCCACGGGCUAUCCGCAAUCUGUGACGCCGCAGCAACAAUCGACAGGAUAUCCCCAUGCACAGACGCAGCAACAGCAGCCUUCCGGUUAUCCACAGUCCCAGACGCCGCAGCAACAGAUCACCGGUUAUCCGCAAGCUCCAACGCCUCAGCAGCAACAGAUCACCGGUUAUCCGCAAGCUCCAACGCCUCAGCAGCAACCUACGACCUAUGCCCAGUCUCAAACAACGCAACAGCAGCCAUCAGGAUAUCCACCGACCCCGCAGCAACCACAGGCAGUCCCAGGAUACCCUCCAGUUCAGACACCUCAACAGUCCCAGGGUUAUCCCCAGGCAGCAACAGGUUAUCCAACACAGCCAUCGCUGUUUCCCUCGCAGGCUGUCCAAGUAUCACCGCAGCCAGCUCCUGUGAUGCCCCAAAAUUCUGCUCCUGGUCAAUCCCUGCAGUAUCCACAACAGUACAGUGAUCCCAGUGCAGGUUUAUCUCCUGCUCCGACUGCUGAACCAUCUUCCAUUCCUGCUCCCGUACCAGCUGUAGUUCCUCCCGCUGCCGUUCCAUCACAAGCUCAACCCGCUCAAUCCUCAGCCACGUACAGCAGCUAUUCCAAUCAUCCCGGCUACAGCUUCAAUCCCCAAACGGGAAAAUACGAGUACAGCAGUGGCUAUCAGCAGGAUAGCAGCUCUUUGAAGGGAACCCAGGGCUCUCAGAGCUACCAAUUCAGCCAAAGUGGCAAGCAGCAAACGGUUGGAACCACAGACUCGGAGAGUGCCAAUCGCACUAAUCCCGCAACCGGAUUUGAUUCGCCCAUUGUGUCCCACACCAAGGCUAACCAGCCAGCCCAGGAACCCACUGCAACGGAGGGAAAUCCCACGGAGUCGUCCAACUACUACACAACUCCUUAUGGCUACCAACAGCAGCCGCAACCACAGCUGCAGCCCACACCUUUGCCUUCAACAAAUCCAACCUCGGGAUCCAUUUACAUGCAGAGCGGUGCCAGUAGCAUUGCCAACACCCAGACAACCACCAGUGGACCACCCUAUGCCUCCUCCACUGCCUCGGCUAAGCCGCAGGCAGAGACGAAGGUAGAGACUAUCCUACCCAAGACGUCCAGCAGUAAUGUGGAUCUGCUAAGUGAUCUGGACAUUGAUUGCUCUGUGGCAGUGCCUCCACCUAUGUUGCCGCAACCCAUACUGCAGCCCACACCGCCAGGCAGUCAGGUUGAGAGUGUGUCUCCUGCAGCGCCUGAGAUUCCCCCAGCAGCAGUCCCCGAAGAGAUCACUCCCAGCCCAGAUCCCGUUCCAGUCGCUCCUCCCAGGUCUGGCAGCCUGGACAAUCUUUCAAACUGCUCCGAUUUGAGUUCUUUGGAGAACUUUGAUUGGGAUUCGGUUUCCCUUACACAUUCCGCCAGCGAGAAGCAGCCAUCCAAGACAGCAACUGGAGCCAAUGGCCAUCCGAACAAUUUUUCAUUCCAAACCGAAACAUUCACCGAUGAGAAGACAACAAAGUAUUUCCAAAAGGAGGUGGAGAGCUACGAAAAGCUUCUGGAGAAUCUUCAUGUCAAGAUGCUGAAUGGAAAGACCCAGCUGGGAGCCAAGUGGCAUGAGUUGCAGCGGAAGCUCGACAAGGAAGCGAGUGCCAGCAAGCGAUCCACAGCCAUAGCAAAGUUGUUUCCCGAGAAGAAUCGAUCCCUCGAUUGUUUGCCCUUCGAUCAUGCUCGAGUGAAGCUGGACAAACAGACAGAUGAUUACAUUAAUGCAGCUUACAUGAAGAACUUGAGUGCAGGCUGCCCGGACUUUAUCAUUGCUCAGACUCCACAGGCGAAUACCAUCAACGAUUUCUGGUCCAUGAUCUGGUCGGAGAAGUCGCGUACGGUGGUCUGUUUGCAUACCACGAAUGAGCUAUUUGAUCCCUUUUGGCCACAAAGCUUGGAUCAGACCACUCAUUAUGAUGACUAUACUGUGACCUGUGUGAAAAUUCAGCAACUUAGCCACUGUACCGAGUAUCAACUGAAGUUGUCCAUGCACGGAGCAGAUGCUGUGCUGGAUUUAUCCCUGCUGCAGCUGAAGCAAUGGACCAAGGGAUCACCUGCCCAACUUCUGGGUGUGGCUCAGAAUGCCCUGGAGACCCAUCGACAUCGUUGUAAGGCAGCUAAUGCUCCCCAUUCGCCGCUCAUCAUGAACUGCUUGACGGGAUCAGAGCGUUCUGAACUGGUGGCCAUUGGAGUGUGCGCGGAAAUAGCCACUCAGACCAAGCAACCUAUGCUGAUAAAUUUGGUUGAUGUUUGGUCGCGAAUUUGCGCGCAGCGUCAGAACUCUCUAAGAGACUCGGCCAUCCUCGAGCAGUCCAUGCAGAUAGUGCUCUGCAAUGCCCAUAAUGUGCUCAAUAAGCGUGGCAUAAUGACAUCGUAUCAAAUGAAGAUGGCACCGCAAGUGAAUGCCAAGGAGCAGCAAGAGACCAAGGAUCCGCUGAACGAAUUAGAUGCCCUUUGGAAGCUUAAAUAAACUGACUGAACUUAACCAACCAAUUGUGGCAGAUAACUAAAGAUUUAUUGAGUAUUUACAACUAUUUAACUGUGUGCAAAAAACCUAUUUCUACAAAUCUGACAUUGUUGCAAACAAUUUAAAGAGAAAAUCAAAUGAAAAGUAUUUGUGAGGAUAUCGAAAUCAUUUUGUAAUCUAUAUCAUAUAUAUCGUAACUGUAAUAUUGUCUCUAACAACUGUUAUAUGAAAUGUAUUUCGAAGCUAAACGAAUCGUGAUCGUGAUGUUAAUGUGGGAUAUUUGUCAAGCGUUUCAAACCACUCUAUACGAGUAUAUUAUAUAUAUAUUAUAUCAAUGAACACUACUGGAUACUAUUGUCAAACAUUUAUAAUACUUAAUAAAAUGCAUAAAA